AUGGCUCAACAAUUUUCAAACACCUCGACUGACUCCAAGAAUGUCGACCCGUACAAGGCCACCAACCUUGACACGGACGUGACUCUGGCACAGAAGAUUGAAGACGUGAGCGACUUCAUGUCGAGCUGCAAGUUCGGCAUGAUGACCACUCGCGACAGCGACCAGUCUGGGAAUCUAGUGUCGAGAUGUAUGGCGCUUGCCGCAAAGGAAACGGGAGGAAUAGACUUGCUAUUCCACACCAACACCGAGUCUGGCAAGACGGAUGACCUCACAACUGAUCCUCACGUCAACAUAGCCUUCAUCAACAGCUCGGGCGAGUGGGCGUCUGUAAGUGGAGUUGCGAGCAUUGUGACGGACCGGGACCUCGUCAAGAAGCAUUACAGUGCAUCUCUCAAGGCUUGGCUGGGCGAUCUGGGAGAUGGAGUUCACAACGGAGGAUCGUCCGAUCCCCGAAUCGGAGUCAUACGCGUCAAGAUGGUCACGGCCCAUUACUCGAUCACGCACAAGAAUAUUGUCAGCAGAGCUGCUGAAGUUGCUCAGGGGGCAAUGACAGGAAAGCCGGCACACGUCAACAAACUCCGCGAGAUUAGUCAGGCAGAGGUCGAGAACUGGCGGUCUUCGCACUAG